AGCGCCGGCGAGGCGCGGGAGGAGAAGCGGUGGGGAGGCGCAGCAGCUCACCUGCCGGGCAGGGCGCGGAGGAGGAACCCGGGCGGCGCGCUCCAUUGCCCAGGAGCCGGGACGCGCCCGGAACCCCGCACACCGCCCGGCUCUUGGCCUCCCCAGCCCCUCGACCAAGCUAACCCGAGGGGCGCAGCUAUUUGCUUUGAUAGAGCGGGCCUCGCGGAGGCGUGAAGAGCGGCAACAGGGAGAGCCUGCGAGCCAGGCUGAGAAACUCGAGCUGGGAACAAAGAGGGGUCGGCCUGUGCGUUCGUCGGCUCGCACUCUGGCCAGAAGCAUUUGGAAACGAGGCCCCUGCUGUGACUCCCUGAGAAGCCCUCCACAGCCUUGUCCCAGUGCUCGCCGGCACAAACUUUAUUCUUGGCCAACUUCUCUUUCUCUUCCCCUGCUGCUCCGCCCCCACCUUCUCCUCCCGCAGAUUAAAUGCGCCUAGAGAAAGAAAACCGUAGCGAAAGGGCAGGAAAUCAGAGGCUCUAAAAAGGACACCUCCAACCUGGGUUGCUCUUUUUUUUUUUUCCUAAAUUCUCCAGGAAGUAGACAUUGCGUUAUCUUCUGAUUCUCCUUGCGCCUUCUCUGCUGGGGCAAAGGGAGGCUUUUUGUCCAAAUCAUCUCUCUUUUCACGGAAAGCAAACUCCCAAAUCGGCAUCUCUGGAAGAUACCGCAGAGAGGUUUGCGCCGCAACGCGCUGUCGGACCUUCCCAGGACUUUGGCGAGUCAACCCCUGGGCAGAACCUGCGUGCUCCGCGAGCAGACCCCGGCGACGCGGGAGGCGUGGGGUGGCAGCCCAGGCCCGGGCAACCUACCCUAGCGCGCGCCGCGCAGACGCCCCCAAAGGCGCCGGCCGCGCCCGCCUUCUCAGCCCAGUGCCCUUGGGCCUCGGGGGCGGGCUCCGGCGUCGGUCUCUGCAGAGCGGGAAGGCGCCGGCGGCCGCUAGGGCUCUAGCGCCGCCGCAGCUGCUCCGGCUGGCGGCUGGCUGCCCCGCACUCGCCCGCGGGGUUUCCUCCCGCUCUCCUCCCUCUCGCACCCUUUCAACUCUCCUUUGCCUCCCUCCUCCUUUUUCGUUGACCCCUCUCUUUUUCGCUGCCGCCGCGGGUGCUCCUCCAGCGGAGCAGAGAUUACUCAACCGUCGGGAUGCCCCAGCUCUCCGGGGGAAGCGGUGGCGGCGGGGGGGACCCGGAACUCUGCGCCACGGACGAGAUGAUCCCCUUCAAAGACGAGGGCGACCCCCAGAAGGAGAAGAUUUUCGCCGAGAUCAGUCACCCCGAAGAGGAAGGCGACUUAGCCGACAUCAAGUCCUCUUUGGUCAAUGAAUCUGAAAUCAUCCCCGCCAGCAACGGACACGAGGUGGCCAGACAAGCUCAAACUUCUCAGGAGUCCUACCAUGACAAGGCCAGAGAACACGCUGAUGAAGGAAAGCAUCCAGAUGGAGGCCUCUACAACAAGGGACCCUCCUACUCUGGUUAUUCUGGGUACAUAAUGAUGCCAAAUAUGAACAAUGACCCGUAUAUGUCAAAUGGAUCUCUUUCUCCGCCUAUCCCAAGAACAUCAAAUAAAGUGCCCGUGGUGCAGCCAUCCCAUGCGGUCCAUCCUCUAACGCCCCUCAUCACUUACAGCGAUGAGCACUUUUCUCCAGGAUCACACCCAUCACACAUCCCAUCAGAUGUCAACUCCAAACAAGGCAUGUCCAGACAUCCUCCAGCUCCUGAUAUCCCCACCUUUUAUCCUCUGUCUCCGGGUGGUGUUGGACAGAUUACCCCACCUCUUGGCUGGCAAGGUCAGCCUGUAUAUCCCAUCACGGGUGGAUUCAGGCAACCCUACCCAUCCUCACUGUCAGUCGACACUUCCAUGUCCAGGUUUUCCCAUCAUAUGAUCCCCGGUCCUCCUGGUCCCCACACUACUGGCAUCCCUCAUCCAGCCAUUGUAACACCUCAGGUCAAACAGGAGCAUCCCCACACUGACAGUGACCUAAUGCACGUGAAGCCUCAGCACGAACAGAGAAAGGAGCAGGAGCCAAAAAGACCUCACAUUAAGAAACCUCUGAAUGCUUUUAUGUUAUACAUGAAAGAAAUGAGAGCAAAUGUCGUAGCUGAGUGUACUCUAAAGGAAAGUGCAGCUAUCAACCAGAUUCUAGGCAGAAGGUGGCACGCCCUCUCCCGUGAAGAGCAGGCUAAAUAUUAUGAAUUAGCACGGAAGGAAAGACAGCUACAUAUGCAGCUUUAUCCAGGCUGGUCUGCAAGAGACAAUUAUGGUAAGAAAAAGAAGAGGAAGAGAGAGAAACUACAGGAAUCUACAUCAGGUACAGGUCCAAGAAUGACAGCUGCCUACAUCUGAAACAUGGUGGAAAACGAAACUCAUUCCCAACGUGCAAAGCCAAGGCAGCGACCCCGGGACCUCUUCUGGAGAUGGAAGCUUGUUGAAAACCCUGUCUCCACGGCUUGCACAGUUGAUCCCAAAGGAGAAUUGACACCAGCUUCAUCCUGAGGUCACUGCUAGAGACGCUGAUCUAUAGACAAUCACUGCCAAACCCCCCUUUCAUCUACUGCAAGAGCCAAAUUCCAAAAUUAAACAUAAAAAAAGGUUUUUAAAAAAGAAAAUUAGAAAGCACACAAGAACGCUAACAGGCCCUGGGUCAGCUGAGAAGCUUCCCUCCCCCAUCUCUGCUGGGAACUUCCCAGAGCAUCUUGCAUUGAUACCUGCAACAUUUUGGCAAGGACAGUAACUUGGCUGCGUUUGCCUGCCGUCAGCAACUGGAGCCAGCCACCAGCACGUCCGUCCGUCAUCGUCCCAUCGGAUGAAUUUGUGGAAGAGUUCCUUUUUGUUUCUGUCUUUGUUUAUCUUUCUCUUCCUUUCUCCUAAAGCUUUAUUUAACAGUGCAAGAGGAUGAAUUGAACCUUAUGUUUGCUUCUUUUUUUAAACUUGAAUUUUUUUUUUAAUUUACACUUUUUAGUUUUAAUUUUCUUGUAUAUUUUGCUAGCUGUGAGCAUUUAAAUAAAAUUCAGAGAUCCAGAAACAUUUGAAAUAAGAAAGAAAUUAAAAGAAGCCCUCUUUUUCUGACAGACACCUUAUCCAGUAAGUGGCUUCUCUGUGAAUUUUCUGUCACAAAACAGUGGCCUCUCCGUCUUCGUAAGGUGUUUUGUAGAGCUGAGUAAGUGCGGCAGCCAAACCCAGUCUGUUGGUAGCAAUGGCAGUCCUAUUUCAUUUUCUUUUUCUUCUGAUUUUUGUUCUUUCUUAAAAAAGGUAAACCUUACAGAUACUUCCAGCCGACCAGUUUGCAGUGAAUUUUCAUUUCUUUCCUUUUCACGCCCUUGUUGUAAAAAGCCCAGCACUUGAAUUGUUAUUACUUUAAAUGUUCUGUAUUUGUAUCUGUUUUUAUUAGCUGAUUAGUGGGAUUUUAUGCCAGUUGUUAAAAUGAGCAUCGAUGUACCCAUUUUUUUUUAAUAGCAAGGCGCAGCCUUUGCCCAAAACUGUCAUCUAACGUUUGUCAUUCCAGUUUGCGUUAAUGUGCUGAGCAUUUUUUAAAAGACGCUUUGUAAUAAAACAUUAAAAAAAA